AUGAAACAAAACAUGAAAUUAGGAUACGCGAAAGAGGAAGUAGCUCAAGUCCAACUGCACUUCUCACAUCCAUUUGAGCAGCGUUUCAUCAAAAGUCAUCAGCAGCUCGUGUCUAGCGAGGUUAUGCUGAUGUUUGAGAAAGGUUUGACCUUACUGUUUGGUCUAGCUAACAUACCUCUCAGAUCAGACGAUAAAAUACAAGAUUUUCAAGGCGCCAGGCACUGGUCGAUCGACAAACCUCUCCUUGGAUCACGUCUGGGUCGAUCCUACGAAAAAAUACCUGAAAUAAACCAUGGGGAUCCCGAGACUCUUUUCUUAAAAGAUCCUUCAACGAAUCUCCAAUUGGGAAAAAAGAAGACCAAUGUUGGAAAUGGCAAAUCUUUCUUCAAGGUCGCAAAAGGAACCUACAAAAAGGUUUUCACCGGCAAAACUACACUUGAAAAUAAAGUUUUGGCCAGAUGGGAGAUCUGUUAUGAUAUUGCUCAAAAGGCUGAUCAAUCUUCCCGGUCCCCUGAAGUAAGAAAAAUGGCCAAAGCUGUCCUGGCAUAUGGCCCUCUCUUCGAUCUUCCUCCACAGAUUACUCAAUUUCAUGGUGAAACAAAACAUAUAGAAUCUACAAUCAAUCUAUUUUAUAUGUCUCUUCAGAGCGAUUCUCUGAAUUCAGCGGAGAGGAUUUGGUCUGUUGGGGUACUGUCAUACCUCAAAUCUCAAAUUCCAGAGACGAGAGACUUUACAAUUCCCCGCUCCUGGACAGCCAACGACUUGGGUAGGCCCCGGGGUCAUUUUCUUGAAUAUUUUCUGCAAGGUGAAGACUUAGGAAGGGUGGCUCAAAGGAUGUGGUUGCACUCCCCUCCCACACUAGAUCCAUCCAUACCAGUUAUUCAUGAGGCGAUUCGAAGGGAAUCGGUAGUGCAUAUUAUCAAUGAACAGAUUGCCAAGACAUCGACAGAGUUUCGAACACUUUUUCUCGCGUUCAUCAACUUGAAGGAUCCUACGGAUUCUGAAAAAACCUCAUCAUUGAUGAAAUUGCUUGUAGAACAUCUGCAAGACCCAGAAACACUAACGUUGCGUCAACGGAAUGAAGAGCACAACACCAUUAGAAUGAUAUUACAUCUCGAGGAAUAUAAUCACGAGAGUUAUCUACAAUUCAAGCAAUUAACUGAAACAAAAGAAAUACGCGAAGUAAUACUUGAGGCUGACAUGAGUUUUCAGCUUGCAGAAAACAAACUAUCUCCUAAGUCCAUCAGUCUUUUAGAAAUUAUUAAGAACACAAAAACCAUCAAUGAACGUCAAAUCCUCGAGGUCUUGGAUAUCUUGAACCAAGAAGAACUGUCGAUUCCUCAAGUAGGGAGGUUCUUUAGAGCACUUCACUUGUUAUUCAAGAGCAACCGCGAGAUGUAUGGGCCCUUCGAGCUCCGACUGGAUAGAUACCCACAGAUGAUCUUGAAAAUCUCUCCGAUGUUGAAAAAGUAUCGGCUUGAUCAAAUGAAACGGAUUUGGGUUGAAGGAGAGGUUUUAGAGCCUAUCUUCUUUCUUAAAAACGAAAAACUAUUAGCAAAGAGACAUAGAGAGUAUCUUGCAAAUAUUUUGAUCGAAAAAGGCGUGCUUUCAGAGAUUGAGACUGAAAGACACUAUUUCUCUGGAGAGUCUAAAGAACUUAGAGAAGUCGUAGUUCAUCAUAUCUUAUUCGAUAUUUUUAAGAAGGCAUCAAAACUUCAAGCGGGACCUAGCCUUCACAGCUGGGCAACAGAUGACACCCUGAUAGAAUAUAUCCUUCACCUGAUCUCUUUCAAAAACGACGACAUGACGCUAUACCGUCUUCUUCGCCGUCAUGGACCGAGCCCACGCGUGGAUUCGGAAAGCGGUAUCUGGAGUUUUCACACAAUAGUUCACAAAUUAGUUCACGACGGGUCUUGGAAUGAUAAUAGCCAAAUAGACGAGUUCAGAAAAGCUCUUAAGGAGCUUGAAGCCGCCGUCUAUCUUAAGGCCACGCGUCUUAUAUGA